AUGGAGUCCAAGAUCAUUAAAAUGGAUUGUCAAGACGAGCAUUUUCGACACCUCCUGCUCUUUGCAGAUUCUAAGGCUGCAAAGGCUGCUCGUGACGUUUAUGCUGUGUAUGGAGAGGGUGCCAUAGCUGAAAGAACUGCUUUUGAUUGGUAUGCCAUGUUCAAAAAUGGAAAUUUUGACCUCAAAGCUGCAUCUCACUCUGGCCGUCGAGUUGAGUUCGAUGAAGAGCGAUUAAACCAACUUUUGCAAAAUAAAUUCUUCAAACACAAAGCCCUGUCGUGGGUUUCUGUCGGAGAAAAGAGAGGAUUUAAGAAAAGAGGCUUAAACGAGCGGAUUAUCUCAUUUCUACAAACAAUGGUAGACGAAGAACCUUUCCCCGAGUCCUGUGUGGUUGCAGAAUGA